AUAAGGCUGAGCAGGGACAGCGAUAGGUCACAACGGCAAACAGACCACUCCACUGGAAACGCCGAUCGGUUUGAAACAAAUGGGCAGGGACCCUUUCCGAGUUUUAAGUUAGGAAUGACUGAAAGUCUUAGCCUAGCUUGAGUGGUAAGUAGUUAAUUCUUUAAGAUGCUUGCUUGCACCAUCGUCCCUUGUAUGUCGUGAUACCUACAUUAUCUUUUUAUCUAUACACACACUAUCAUAUCAUAUCAAAAUGCGAAUACUACUAUUAUCUCUACUUCUAUCGUUGUUCACCACCAUCACCCACUCCCUCCCCCACUACGGCGUCACUCUCCCCCCACCUCCCACCGACCCAGCCAAACCACCCACAUCCCCCUACUACCCAUGGAAAUCCCGACUAGCCAGCAGCGCCGACCACGUCGACAAAACCACCCUGUAUAGCAUUGCGCGCGCAGCGCACAACCAAGGGCAAACACACUUCGCCGACUACCUCAAAAACUACCUGGGAAACACGGGGCGGGAUGCGCACGUUUCCGUGGACGAGAUGUUAUCAGCGAUGCCGCAAUUCCGCGCCGAAGUGCACGAAUUAGCGAAAUUCAAAGCCAAGCUUGCCUACGAGGCAGUGAUGAUGACCCGACCGGACGAGGCGCCCGUCGUGCCGUUCACGAGUUUCUGGCACGAGUAUGUGGCCACGCCGGAUCAGAGCUGGGAUUGGUUCUUGUCCGUGGGGAGGUUCGUGUAUAGUGUGACCGGGGUGGUGAAGAUGGAUGAGGAGACGGGCGGAGUGACGGUACAUUAUGCGGUGCAUGUGUUUACUUAUUGUGAUUGGGAUGGGGGGAGAGAUGUGCGCAUUGGCCAGUUCCGGUUCGAUGAGGGCAGACUGGCUGGAUUGCAGGUGACGGGGUUGGCGAGGGAGUUUAAGAUUCGCGGGUCGAGUCAGAGUAGGUUGAUCGAAGGGUAUACUCCUGUGCAGGGAUUCUAAAAUGUGAAUUUUUCACUGUGUGUGUAUACGCUGGUUGUAUAGACGGUUAUAUAUAUAUGUAUGUAUGAUACUAUGAAUGAGAAAAUAUCUUUGUCAAAAGGGGGCGCAUCAAUCAAUCCAGCUGAUCUCGCGACAUUCA